GCUCCCACGACUGCGGCUUGGUCCAGCGGACCUCGGGAGGUGGCGACCCCGGCCCAGUGUCCCCUCCCGGCAGACGCCGCUGACCCGACCGGGCAACCCCGCGACGGAGGCCGCGAAGCGAACGGCGUCGUUGGAAUCAGGGCCUGGAGCCGUCCGGGGGUGGCUCAGGCCGAGUGGGAAAACCGUUUUGGCCAACUUUCUGACUGAAUCUUCAGACAUCACAGAGUCUUCAGACAUCACCAAAUAUAACCCAACCCAAGGGGUGAGGAUCCUGGAAUUCGAAAAUCCAAAUGUAGCCAGCAACAAUAAAGGCAUGGGGUGUGAGUUCGAGCUCUGGGACUGCGGUGGUGACCUGAAGUUCGAGUCCUGCUGGCCAGCCCUAAUGAAGGAUGCUCAUGGGGUGGUGAUUGUCUUCAAUGCUGACAUCCCAAGUCACGUGAAGGAGAUCAAGAUGUGGUAUUCCUGCUUUGUUCAGCAGCAGUUCCUUCAGGAUGCCCAGUGUCUGCUUGUCGCACACCACAAGCCAGGCUCCGAAGGGGACACGGGGAACCUGGCUUUGGCACCGCCCUUGGCCAAGCUGAAGCUAGUUCACUCCAAUCUCGAGGAAGACCCUGAAGAGAUCCGGAUGGAAUUCGUUAACUAUUUAAAAAGCAUCAUCAGUUCUGUGUCUGAGAGCAGAGACAGGGAGGAGAUGUUAAUUUUUACCUGACUUUCUCCCAAUAAAAUCCACUUCUUCUCUAUGCAGAACUAAGCUUUCAUCCAGGGAGGGACCCAGGCUUCCUUCUCCCUGCCUUGUUCCUACUGAAGAGACUCUUUAUAUCUUCUAGAAGGUUCCUGUCAGUCCCACCUAGGGACUGACCCAUAGCCCUCUGGCCUCAAGUGUAUUUGAACUUGGAAAGAUGCUAUCACAGAUUCUGACUUCCUGGCCUAAGACCUUUCUGAAGAGCUAGAAAUUUGGGGACUAUUUUCCCCUUCACAUUUUUCAGAAUUGUAACUACCAUAGUUCCAACACACAACAGCUGUUUAAUAAUUCAUACGUGCUGGCUUGGAUAUGACUUUUCCCCUCCUUGGGCACUGGGGCUUGAAUUCAGGUCCUUAUGCUCUUACCUUUUUGUACUCAAGGUUGGCCCUCUACCAUUUGAGCCAUGGCUCCACUUCCAGCUUUUUGCCAGU